AUGGCAUACACGACAGCGAAGAACGGGUGCAAUGGGCUCGUGCGAAGCGGCGCUUUUCAACUAUCCUCCAGCAAUAUCCGCGUGAAUGCUGUUGCGCCUGGUCUUACUACCACAAGCCUCUUUGCUACUUCUAGACUUGCCGAGGAAGGCGUGGAAUAUAAGCUUGACAAGACCGCUGAGCAAAUUCAGAACGAAGCGGCUAAGAUCUAUCGGCUCUUUGGUCUUGGUGGUGAGGAUCAGACGUACUAUUAUAACCGUAGUGCUGCGCCGGAGGAAAUUGCUAAUGUUGCUAUCUUCUUGGCGUCGGAUUUGGCUUCGGCGAUUAAUGGUCAGAUUAUUAUUGCUGAUAGUGGGAAGUCGGUUGCAGCGUCUGGGGAUACUUUCACUGGGCCCGUUCCUCCUGUUAAUCCAGUUAUGUUGUGA